AUGCUCCCGGUCUUCGUGUACCCCAUCUUCACUGCCGUCUUCAUGUCGCUCAAGCCGACGCAGCAAUUUUGGUUGUCACUGCUGCUCCCAGUGAUGAAGCGUUUGCUGCGUCAUGCCUUUUGGUUACUGCUACGGCAAGACCCAGAUAUCUCUGGAGCAAUCACGUGCAGUGUCGGCCACCUCUAUCACGUCCUCUUCACGGCCAUGUGUCUGCAGAAUGCCAAGUCGCUGGAAACUCUAGCGGCCGUGGUGGUCGUGAACGUGUUCCACAUGCUGCUCAACUGUCGGGAUAUUCUCAAGGACGCGAAUAAAGUGCAAAAGGCUAAGCACGAGCUCCGUGCUUUCGACGUAGCAGUAGCAGAUGAUAUCGUCUCGGCGGCGUUGACUCUAGCUCAACAGGAGCCACUACCGGAGCUGUUGCACCGGAAGUCACCGUCCCGAAUGUUUUCAAACUUCCCGGAGUUUCAAGGUGUCUACCUCCUCAUCGUCUUCUGGCUGCCCAACCGCAAAUACUUCGCCACAAUGACCACAAUGACGACGUUCUUCGCAGUCGUGAAAAUGAUACGCCACUUGCUCCUGCUCGGCAUCAUGGAAGUAGUUUUCCUGGGUCUGUACCUGCUCUUGAUCUCGCGUCGACUUGGAGUGUCGGGCGUGCUUCAACUCGCGUUCGUGCUCUGGUCGCAGCGCAAGCUGCUUCAGUCGAAAUUCUUGUGCUUGUCCGUUAUUAUCCUGGGCUUCCCACUAGAGCACUAUGGCAACAGCAUCAUUUUUAAUCUCAGAACUGCUGCCACGCCACUCGAGAUUGGCAUGGGACCACAAGCCGCUGCUCUAAUCGACUGCAGCAAAACUCUCGACUGCGAGCUGGUCCCUUACGAUCCCGUAUGCGGGUCCGAUGGCGUCACGUACGCCAACGACUGCGCGUUUGCUGCAGCGUUUUGCUCAGGCGAAAGUCACACGGACACGCUCUUCAUCCAGGACGUCGGCGAGUGUCCUCCUGUUACCGACGACGUCGAAGAUCAAGAGGGCACGCCGAUCAUGCCGCUCGCUGAGUUGACGCCUGAUGAGGUCUGUGGCACGGACGGAGUCACGUACAUCAACGACUGCCACCUGCUGGCGUCAAAAUGUGAACACCCCGAGCUGGAAAAGGCCUCCCAUGGCGAGUGUCCAACCCUUGAGUUCAACGCCUUGGAGGCUGCGCGCAGUGAAAGCCUCCCUGCCAGCACCAACAACGGAGGUGAGUCCUGCAUCCCUGGGCCGUGUCCGUACACUUACGCGCCCGUGUGUGGCUCGGACGGCCAAACCCACGACAAUCUUUGUCUCUUUGCCAACGCGAGAUGCCAACACCCGCACAACGCUCUUGCAGUCGUCCACGACGGCGAGUGUGACGCUGACACGAAGCUCACUUGCGAAACAAUGACGUGCCCCACCUUCACCGAGUGUCGUGAACAAAUUGAACCCGACGGCGCCAUCGUGGCCUAUUGUGCAGAUGUUUGUUCGCCUGAUCGCUGUAGCGAACGCGAGGACUGCGAGCUGGUGGACUCCGACUGCUACACGGCGCCGUGCUCCCCCAUCGCCAUGUGUAUCCCCAAAGUCCUGGACGGGUAA